AUGCCGCUGCGCUCUUCUUUGGGAGCGGCGUCCAGCAGGAGCCUGUGCACCUGCCACCUGGAGCGCUCCAACAUGUUGCGCGACCACCUUCAAGGUCUAUGGAUAUCAUGCCCAACAAUGCAGCUGGGCCAGUGGCAGAAAUCCCAGGCCCUGGUGAUGUUUGAAUCUGGAGCUGCGCAGGGCUCAAGCUGCACUUCUUCAGGCCAAGGGGAAGGCUCUGAAUCUGAAGAAGGCACAGUGGAUGACAGCAGUGAUGAACGUCGACGAAGCUCUAGAGAAAGCGAGAUUUGGAAGCCUGCAAUGCCGCGGAAGCACAUCCCGCACAGCAUCGGCAUCAAGAAAAAGGUAGAGGAUCUUCCGGACAUCAACACCCUUUACGAGCCUCGGGAAUUAGCACAGCUUUUUAAAUGUGUGGACUCUUACGUUCACCUGGUGCUGCCGCCUGGAGCAAGUGUGGCCCACACACCUGAAAUGUUUUUGGCAUCGAUGCUGUCAAGCCUUGGCCCUCCAAGCCCACAGGACAGGCGGCCUGUGACUCCAAGCACGGACGUUGGAGGUACUGCUGGCUACCUCAGGGACAGAGAAGGCCCCCCUCGUUUUGCGCCCCAUUUUCUGCAGGUUUCUGCUGGGGUCAAAGCUUUGUGGAAGUCGAGAUUCGCCAAACCGAUACCAAGACUGUGUCGCUGCAUUUGA